AAAAAAAUGAUCGAAGCUGUUAUCCCCCAGGCAUCUCUUCUCAAGAAGAUUAUCGAGGCUAUCAAGGAGCUCGUCGACGAGGCCAACUUUGACUUCUCCGAGACCGGAAUCAGACUUCAGGCCAUGGACAAGUCGCACGUCGCCCUGUCCUUCCUCUACUUGCGCGCCGACGGCUUCAGCGAGUACCGCUGCGACCGCUCGCAGACCCUUGGUAUCAACCUGAACUCGUUCAGCAAGAUUCUCAAGUGCGCAGCCAACGACGAUCAGGUUCAGAUCAAGGCUGCGGACGAGGCUGAGGCGCUUUCACUGGCGUUUGAGAACAAAAACAGAGACCGCAUGAGCGAGUUCAACCUCAAGCUGAUGGACAUUGACAUUGACUCCGUCGACGUGCCCGAGAUGGACUACCAGGCGACCGUCAGCAUGAGCGCCCAGGAGUUUGCACGCAUCGUUCGUGAUCUGAUGAGCAUCGGUGAUGCUGUCACUAUUGAUGCCACUAAGCAGGGCGUCCGGUUCUCGGCCUCGGGCGAUGACGGUAAUGGUAACAUCUUGCUGAAGCACAAUAAGACUAUUGAUGAUGAGUCUAACUCGGGAACCAUGGUUGAGAUCACCGAGCCCGUCAGCCAUUCGUUGGCUCUGAAGUAUCUGGCCAACUUUGCCAAGGCUGCACCGCUGGCCGAACGCGUGUCCAUCAACCUUAUUGAGGAGGCACCUGUCAUGUUCGAGUUCAAGAUCUCCGAUAUGGGCCACAUUCGCUUCUACCUGGCUCCCCAGAUAGAGGAGGACAACGACUAAUCACUCUCCGGUACCACACAUGCCACUUUAUCUUUUCUUUUUUUUUUUUUAAAAAAAAACUUUCAAUAUAUCAACGUGUUUUCUUUUCUCAUUCACAUUUUCACAUUUGUGCGCAGAGAGUUGCUGACAGCACUGUUUAAAUUUGAAGGAUUUUUUAAGUACGUUUUUGAACAGAGAAAAAAGAAUUAUUUUUUAUUUG